AUGACAUCUGCUGAUGAUGGUCAAUUGACACAGCUAUUCUAUCCUGCCCUCUGUCUGGUAGUGGGUCAUGUAGACACCAUUCUCAUCAAUGAGGCUGCCAAGGUUGCUGAGCCCAAGAUCUGGAACAUGCUGGCUGGAUACUACCCCCAGGUAGUUCUCCUCAUGGGUGAUCACCAGCAAUUGCAGCCAACUGUACUCAGCUAG